UGUUUGGAUAAGUUGAUAGAUCAUGGUUUGAUAGGACUGAAAUCUCUGGACGGAAAGUUUUUAAAAUUAUGAUUUCUCCUUGUUUACGUGUGUCUUUUGUGUAAAUAAUUGAGUACAGGAUGGUCAGACUUUGCCUACAUCUGCUGAUGUUGGUUUCGCUGAUAUCCCUCCGUGAAGUGGCUUGUAGGACGGAUACUUUGGACGAUUACUGCUCCAAGAAACUUCCCGAGACCAAACGAAAAACCAAUCUAAAGACCAGUGUGCUAGAGAUCCUUAGGUUCUGCAGUGACGUGGAUAUAUACAGCGACUGUAUCUUGAGAGCCAGGAGAGAUGACUAUGAUAAGCAAGGGUUCGCCGUCAAACUCUUUGAAAAACAGUUCCCGUCGGAAUACGAUCUGAAGCGCGCCGCCUACAUGUAUUGUACUGGGAGUGUCAAGGAUUUGUAUGGCGUCAUCAUGCUGGACCAAAAGGUAUUUGAGGACUGUGAGAAGGCCGCCAACACGGACAAGUGUGAGCAGGACGCCACGUCAUCAGAGAAGCUCAGCGAGCUGCAAGCCGCGUACAGGGCCAACAACCAGGGCGACAUCACCAAGCAUUCGUGCAGGUUGUCUGUCAACUACAUGAAAUGUAUCCAGGCCGAGUACACCAAAUGUAACUCCACUUUCGAGUCGUUUUUCCUCUACAAGUUUGCCCGCCUUGGACCGUCCUGCCUGCUGGAACACAAAGUCUGGAACAAGGUCAUCCUCAACGACGACUGCAGGAAGUUAAAUACCAGUGGCCAGAGUGGUGUGAGGGCUGGAGUCUGCUUCGUUAUCCUCCUGUCGCUUUUAGCGUCUGCUAAAUCAUUGUUGCAUCCCUUUUAACGUCUGCUAAAUCAUUGUUGCAUCCCUUUUAACGUCUGUCGUGGCAAUGUCGCAUCGCGUUUUUACAAGUUCAACAUCAAGACAGUCUGAGAUCAAAUUAAAAGUUCUAACCAACAAUUUGUGGGCUAACAUUGAAACUAACCAACAAUUAUUUGUGAUCUAACAUUGAAACUAACCAACAUAAAUGUGGGCUAACAUUAAAAUUCAAACCAACAAUUUGUGGGCUAACAUUAAAAUUAUAACCAACUAUUUUUGGAAUAACAUUAAAAUUCAAAACAACAAUUUUUGGGCUAACAUUAAAAUUCUAACCAACAAUAUGUGGGCUAACAUUAAAAUUCCUGGGAACAUUUUCUCAGUUAAAUUUUAAACCUCAGGCGACUGUUUUCUGAGUUAAAGAUUUAUUUGUUUUGGAUACUUAUGAGAACCUAAUUGAUAACAUUAUUCUUUUAUUUUUUGCCAAAAAUUGGAGGCCUCAUAGAUUUUGUAGGCUAACAUUUGAAAACCUUAGAACGAUUUUUUUCGGGCUUAUAUUCAGAAGCUGACAGUGUUCUGAAUUACAUUUAAAAUGUGAUGAGUUCUAUAUAUAUUUUUUCAAAAUAGGGAUGUAUGAUCACAUAUCGCUCAGCUGAGUGAAGUGUGAAGAAUAACAUGUUUGUGUGUGAUUGUUUGAAAUACUGUUUAUUUGGCAUAUUUUCUUUAUAAAAUUAUAAUGUUCAUUUAUCAAAUUAAAUAUGUGUAGUAUUCAAGGCUUCAUAAAUAUGAAAUUAAUUUAAUAAAUGAUAAAAUUAUAUAUAUUUGAUACAUUGUGUUGCGUAAAUAAAUUGAUACAUUGCAUUUUGUUGAUUUUAAUGUGUUGUUUGCUAAAAAGCUGAAGCAAACAUUAAAACGAAUAUCUCAAGAAAUUAAAUUUUCAACUAUCUUUUUUUAAAGUAAUUUUUAAUGUGUCUCCACUGUUAAAAAUCAUCGUGAUGGUA